AUUUCAAAAUUUGACGUUUCAUAACAAUUAUUUAGAAAAUAUUUCAUAAAAUUUCUCGUAAAUAAAAUCACAAAAUUCACUUCGUCUCCCGAUUUUUAAGUACUCGUAUUAAUAAGCCAAAAUUCUAAAAUAUGGAUCUAGCUUCGGCGAGUUGUGGUUGUAUGUCAACAACAGAACAAUCAACAGAAUGCACUACAGGUUUUUUGCGUAAUCCUCAUAUCGCCCAAAUGGACGAAGACUUCCUUUAUCAUCUUGGUUUGGGUACGAAAUCACACAACUUGCCAGCAAUGUUCGGCGAUGUGAAGUUCGUAAUUGUAGGUGGUACACCGAAACGUAUGGAAAAGCUCGCACAGUAUCUCUUGGAAGAAAUAAAACACAAGCUGCCCGUAGGCACACAACUGUCCGACUUAACCGGCGCCGCAGAUCGUUACUCCAUGUACAAGGCGGGACCUAUUAUUUGUGUCAAUCAUGGCAUGGGCAAUCCCUCGAUAAGUAUUUUAUUGCAUGAAUUGAUUAAACUGAUGCAUCAUGCGAAAUGUAAGAACCCGGUUUUCAUACGCCUGGGAACUUGUGGCGGUUUAGGUGUACCGGGUGGCACUGUGGUGAUAUCCGAUGGAGUGCUUAAUGACAAAUUAAAUGCCGAGCAUGAGUUUAAAACUUUGGGUAAAGUUGUGCCAAGACCCACGAAACUGGACGCCGGUUUGGCGCAAGAGCUUAAAGCCUUAGCAAGUCCAAGUGAUGGCUUUCAAACAGUUGUGGGCAAGACAUACUGCGCCGAUGACUUCUAUGAAGGACAGGGCCGUUUGGAUGGCGCAUUUUGUGAUUACCAAGAGGCAGACAAGAUGCGAUGGCUAAACAUGCUGCAGCAAAAAGGUGUGGUAAACAUCGAAAUGGAGAGCUCUAUGUUCGCAGCGUUGACCAAUAAUGCCGGCAUCAAAGCGGGUAUAAUCUGUGCGGCCAUAUUAAAUCGACUCAAUGGUGAUCAGAUUACAGAAACCAAAGAAACGCUAGGCGAGUGGCAAGAACGCCCAGCUAAGUUGCUCGCACGUUACAUACGCAAACAGCUGGGUGUUCAGAAGUAAAGUUGUCAGUAAAGUAACAACAAAAGUGGUUUACUUCAUCACCAUACACCAACAGUUGAGAAGCUAGAUCCAAAGAAUCCAUUGUUGUUGCUUAUAUAUACAUAGCACUAAAUUGAAUGCGGGAGACGAGUCUUUUUCGGCAGGAGACACCAAAUUUUUAGUUAACUAUUUCGAAAGCAAUAGAAUUGUAAUUUUUAUAUUAUAUAAAUGGUCUGUUCUUUGAAGCCACGGCAGCAGUCUGUUUAUUGAAGAGUUUGUAUAUAUUUAUAUAUAUUUUUUAACAGACCUCUGCCAUAAUUUCAUUGUACAAACCGGAAUCAUAAUAAAAAAAGAUAAUCUUAUACGAGUCUA